AUGGCGCAAGUCUUCCUUGAUCUCUUCUACUCAUUCGGGAACUGUCUUAAUUGCUUUCCUGGAAACCCCAACCUCAAGAUCAAUAACCGAAGUUUCAAGAUCCUAAGGUUACUUGGCGAAGGUGGGUUUUCCUACGUAUACCUCGUCGAAGAUACAUCUACCCAUGAACUUUUCGCCCUCAAGAAGAUCCGAUGUCCCUUCGGCGCCGAGUCCGUCCAGCAGGCUAUGCGCGAGGUCGAUGCCUACCGCCUGUUCUCCCAUGUCCCGACCAUCAUUUCCGCUAUCGACCACUCCGUCGCGACCGAGCGUGGCGCCGACGAGUCAACAAAAACUGUCUAUGUCCUGCUGCCGUACUACAAGCGCGGCAACUUGCAGGAUAUGAUCAAUGCGAACUUGGUCAACCACGACCGUUUCCCUGAGCGUCGACUCAUGCUACUCUUCCUCGGUGUGUGCAAGGCUCUUCGUGCCAUGCAUGAGUACAAGCCUGCAGUGGAGCGCAUGAACAUGGGCAGAGAAGAAGACGAGCUGAACAAUGGCGAGAGAAACAACACAAAAGGAAAGCGAACUGAGGAAGAGGAGGAAGGAGAACAGGAAAGAGGCCUAUUGGAGGGUGAGAAUCAAGUCAACAGCGGUAGAUCAAUUCAGCACUACGCCCACCGAGAUAUCAAGCCAGGAAAUAUCAUGAUCGACGACACCGGCUCAACCCCAAUCCUCAUGGAUCUUGGAUCCGUGGCCCCUUCGCCCAUCCCGGUUACGUCACAAUCUCUCGCCCUUCAGAUCCAAGAUACAGCCGCCGAGCACUCCACAAUGCCGUACCGUGCUCCCGAGCUCUUCGACGUUCAGACGGGCAUGGUUAUUGACACAAAGGUCGAUAUUUGGUCCCUGGGUUGCACACUUUACGCCUGUCUUAUCGGCAAGUCCCCGUUCGAGAUGCGCUCAGACGAGACUGGCGGUACCUUGUCUCUUUGUGUUCUUGGUGGCGAUUGGCGUUUCCCUGACGAGGGACCCGCUGGUGUCAAGCGCAACAAUAGCAUGCGCCCACAGCAGGGACAGCCGCAGCAGCAACAAGCACCCGCAGUUGAGAUUAGCGAAUCUAUUCGCGAGGUCGUGAGGAAGUGUUUGCGGGUCGAGCCUGCUGAGCGACCUGAUAUCAGCGAACUCAUCCAAAUGGUGCAGGCGGUUAUUGAGGAGCUGCCUGAUGAUUCUCAUUAG